CCCGCCCGGCGGGUACAUUGUGCGCGGGGCCGCGCCGGGCCCGCUCCGCGCUCGCUCCGCGCUCCAGCCUCAGCUCCGCAUCCCCGCAGCUCCCGUCUCCUCGUCGCUGCCACCCCGCGCGGGGGGCGUCGCGCCUCACGGAGAUUUCGGCUCGGCCAAGCGACGGCAAGAGCUGCGCCACCAUGUCCGUCAGCGUGCACGAGAACCGUAAAUCCCGCACCAGCACCGGCUCCAUGAACAUAUUGCUUUUCCACAAGGCCUCCCACCCGGACUGCGUCCUGUCCCACCUGAACACCCUGCGCAAGCACUGCAUGUUCACCGAUGUCACCCUUUGGGCAGGGAACAGGUCCUUCCCGUGCCAUCGGGCAGUGCUGGCUGCCUCCAGCAGGUACUUCGAGGCCAUGUUCAGCAAUGGCCUCCGGGAGAGCCUGGAUGACGAGGUGAACUUCCAUGACAGCCUCCACCCAGAGGUGCUGGAGCUACUGCUGGACUUUGCUUACUCCUCUCGGAUCAUUAUCAACGAGGAGAAUGCUGAGUCCCUCCUGGAGGCUGGGGACAUGCUGCAGUUCCACGAUGUCCGAGAUGCAGCGGCUGAGUUCCUGGAGAAGAACCUCUACCCUUCCAACUGCCUGGGCAUGAUGCUGCUCUCGGAUGCUCAUCAGUGCCGGCGGCUCUAUGAGCUCUCCUGGAGGAUGUGCCUGGUCAACUUUGAGACUGUUCACAAGAGUGAGGACUUCAACAACCUUUCCAAAGACACUUUGCUGGACCUCAUCUCCAGUGAUGAGCUGGAAAUCGAGGAUGAAGAAAAGGUCUUUAAGGCUGUCAUGCAGUGGGUGAAAUACGACCUGGAUGAGCGGAAGGCUUAUCUCCCAGAACUUCUGAGGAAUGUUCGUCUGGCUUUGCUUCCUUCAGAAUGCCUCAAGGAAGCCUUGGCUUGCGAGGACUUGAUCAUGGUGGAUGAAAGGAACAAGCUUGUCUUGGAUGAAGCUAUUCAGUGCAAGAAGAAGAUCCUCCAGAAUGAUGGGGUGGUCACCAGCCUCUGUGCCAGGCCUCGCAAAGCUGGGCACACCUUGCUGAUCCUGGGAGGACAAACCUUCAUGUGCGAUAAGAUCUACCAAGUGGAUCACAAAGCAAAGGAAAUUAUUCCCAAAGCAGACCUGCCAAGUCCACGGAAGGAGUUUAGUGCCUGUGCCAUCGGCUGCAAAGUGUACAUCACUGGAGGCAGGGGCUCAGAGAACGGCGUCUCCAAAGAUGUUUGGGUUUAUGACACCGUGCAUGAGGAAUGGUCCAAAGCUGCCCCAAUGUUAAUCGCUCGGUUUGGCCAUGGCUCAGCCGAAUUGGAAAACUGCCUGUAUGUGGUUGGUGGACACACUGCAGUAGCUGGAGUCUUCCCUGCUUCUCCUUCUGUUUCCUUGAAACAAGUAGAGAAAUACGACCCCAUAUCCAACAAGUGGAUGAUGGUGGCUCCGUUGAGGGACGGAGUGAGCAACGCCGCGGUGGUGAGCGCCAGGCUGAAGCUCUUUGUCUUUGGUGGGACCAGCAUCCACCGAGACAUGGUGUCCAAAGUGCAGUGCUACGAUCCAGCUGAGAACCGAUGGACCAUCAAAGCUGAGUGCCCACAGCCCUGGCGCUACACGGCGGCCGCUGUUCUGGGCAGCCAGAUUUUCAUCAUGGGAGGAGACACGGAGUUCACGGCAGCCUCCGCCUACCGCUUCGACUGCGAGACGGACCAGUGGACGCGCAUCGGGGACAUGACAGCCAAGCGCAUGUCCUGCCAUGCCCUGGCCUCGGGGAACAAACUCUAUGUGGUAGGAGGCUACUUUGGCACUCAGAGGUGCAAAACGCUGGACUGCUAUGACCCCAUGUCAGACACGUGGAACUGUAUCACCACGGUGCCUUACUCUCUCAUCCCCACAGCUUUUGUCAGCACCUGGAAGCACUUGCCCUCCUGAUGAGGGGCAGGGCCUGGGGGCUUGUUUCCAGGAGGUCAGUGAAGAUGCCAGAGUCACAUCCAUGUCCCCUCUCUUGCGGCUGGAGCCAACACAGUGACUGAGAGCCUCCUGUCCUCCCGCACGGGACUCCGAGGCAACUUCCACAUCCUGACACCAGCAUGGGAGGCACAGCUGAGGCCCCACUGCCUGCAUCACACCACGGGGUCACCAAGGGCUACCCAGCCCCACCACUGGUCACUGGGCACUGUGCAGGGAUGGAGCUGAGAGCACUGCCUUGAUAGGCUGGGCACAGAGGGCACAGGGAUGGCUUGUGAGCUCCCAUGGACCAAUGGAGAUGGGGAGAUGAAGGCUGCAUUCACCAGCAAACUUGGCUGGGUAGCCCUUUUUGUUACUCAGUUGAGGGGCUUAAGAGAUAGUAAUAUGUUUUUCUCUAAAGCAGUGAACUUGCCAUUGGCAGUGCUUGCUGCUUGGGUGACUUGGAAGUGUUUGUUAAAGGGAACAAGGUGAGAGCAUCUGUCUCUCCCCAUCCUCUGGCCAUUUCAUAGAGACAAGGGCUAGUGAAAUAUUAAAACAUAGGAGCUUGGGAUGGCUGCCAGCAUCACCACGUACUGUGACAAAACAGGAUAGAUGCCUUUUGGUUUGUACUUUGGGUCUUUUAAAUUUCCCCUACCCCCUUUCCUCACUGCUGCAAUUUGGUCAGAGGCCGGGUAACUCCCCACACACAGCUGCUGGGAAGAGCACGGGGCUCUGUUAGUGUGCCAAGGCAGCAGCACCACUGCUGAGAUAUUCUC